GUAUUUCGCUUUGGUGUGCAUAUUUCAAAACAGGUAGCAUGUUGUUGAUGAUCUGUGGGGACUUUUAGGUCUUCAUUUGGGGUUUGCGCUUGCAGGAACACACAGGCGAAUAGUCUUGGAGGUGGAAAAAAGAAAUGGAGGCUCUUUUUCUCCCUGCCUGUCGGUGCGUCACUUCUGAAAUAAUAUUUUUAUAAUUAUAUAUCUUUCAAAAGGCAUACAUCUUUGGAGGAUACUAGAUGGAAAUUGUCAUUGCUCCCAUAUAUUUUGACUUUUUCCUAGGUUUGGCGAGGCACUGUGUACUGUGGGUGAAAAUUUAGGUCAAGUAGUCUACCUUUAUGUCACACAUCAUCACAGUCUCACUCAGUACUCUUCCACAUGUACACAGCUACCCUACUACACUAAUUCUUAGCACCCCCUGUUACAUAUAAACACUCUGUUUACACGUUUUCCAAAAUCUCUGGGAAAUUAUUUUACAAAUAUAACAAAAAAAUUGAGUGUAGUGGUUUGUAAUUCCUACGUUAAAAAAAAAUACAAAGACAACGUAUCAAACGUUAAAAUGUUAAAAGGGAGACAUUAUAUUGUUCUCAUGUAUUUGUUUGUUUUAAGACACAUAGAUUAAUUUCGAACUUUAUGGCAGCAACAUAUUUCAAAUAAUUUAGGAAAGGGACAUGUUUACCUCUGUGUUGCAUCCCGACGUCUGCUAACACUACUCAUAACCAUUUAGCAUACUAUAAAAAAAUGCCUUUCUAGUCUUGCUAGAUAAAAGACGCAACUUUCUCGAUGCUUUGUUUUGCGUUUUAAAAAAUCUUUUAACUGUCUAUUUUUUAUUUUAUUUUUAUCUGCAGCCUUCUCAACUUAGCAUCAAGCCUCUUUUACUUCAAAGCCUCGCUGUUGUCAUAAGUACAGAAUGUCGUGUGGUAUCGAUUUGCUGAUAUAAGCAAGGUCUGUUCUGCAAAAGAUGCUGGUUAUGGUUAUGCUGCAAAAGAAAACUAAAAGCAGAAAACUGUGUAUAACACUCAUUGUAAGAAAUGCCGUGUGCACUUAUGAAUCCCCAUAUGGUUUUGCUUUGGAACGGCACACAAGACAGUUUUCCAUCUCAUUUCUGUCCAUCUUAUAUGAACUCAGGUCAAAACAAAGUGCUAGUGUUUUUAAAUCUUGUUUAUAUGGGCAACACUUUUUUAAAUUUUACUUUUUUACUUUUUUUUGCAUAGUAAUGUUGCUAAAGUGUGUUCCACAGUGAUAGUGGUUUUCAGUAGUAUCCUGAGAUUAUGUAAUGAUUUCCUCUGGGCACGCGAACAGAUUUCUCCAGAGUCUGUAGGUCUUUCAACAACUAUCGAUGUAGGAUUUUGUAAGUGAAAAACCUCCCCAUCUUUACUUCUGUGGGAGUCCAACUAAUCUGGGAUGUUCGUAAUAGCUUGUCUUCUCCAGCCGUUUGUUGUCCCCGAUCUUCCUUUUUCCAAAUGUGUGGCUGGUAUAAAACUCAGAAAUUGCCUAUAUUUGACAAAUUGAAUAAGUAUGUAUGAUAUUGACACUUAAAACAAGUUAUAAGAGCAGAAAUUCCAUUUGCUAUCCUGAGACAAUGAUUGGACUUUAUAAGCUAUGCUCACUGUGUGUUAGUGAAGUCAGCAAUUAUUACACCUACAAGUUUCAUGUGUACACAUUUGUUCCUUUCCAUUUGCCAACACAUUAAAUCAUGUCAAUUUUGUAUAUUACUCAAAGAACAUUUUCUUCCGUAAGAUUAAAGUGUUUGAUAUCCUAAUCUGUUCAUACAGAUUUGACUCAGCAAACCAGGGGCACCAACGCAAACCUCAGUCCAUGAAAGCAUACGUGUGUGUCUGAGUCUAUUAUUUACCCAUCCCAAAUGUAUUAUCUAUCAGCCAGUAAAACGUUAAAAGUUUGUGUCUGCAAACUCACUGGUUGUGAUAUCUAUGUAUCUAUGUAUCGAUUGAUAUAGAUUUAUAUUUCAAGGGGAUUCUACUGGAUUCAGUUCAGUUAACCAAUUUUCAUUCUCAAGAAACCAGUUUGAGAUGAUUUCAGCUUUGUGAUAUGUACUGUGGUCAUAAAUGGAUGGAAAUGGUCAGUAACAAUCCCAAGAUAGACAGUGGCAUUUAAACAAUGCUCAAUUGGUACUAAAGGGCCCAAAGUGUGCUAAAAAAAUUAUUCCCCACCAUCACAGCACCACCACCACCACCAGCCUGAGUCACUGAUAUAAGGUAGAAUGGAGCCACACUUUUAUGUUGUUCAAAUGAAAUCGCAACCUAUAAAUCUGAGUACUGAGGCAGAAAUUGAAACCUAUAACUUUCCAAUCAUUUGUUGUCGAGUUGUGGUUAGCCUGUUUAAACUCUAGCCCUCCGUUUUCUGUUCUCAACUAACAGAAUGGCAGCCAGUGUCAUCUUCUACUCUACUGUAGCCCAUCUGCUUCAACGUUUAACAUGAUGUGCACUCAGCGAUGUUCUUUUGCAUACCUUGUUGUAACAAGUAGUUAUUUGAGUUACUGUUUCCUUCAGAUUCAAGCUGUCUGGCCAUUGUCCUCCGACCUCUGUCAUAAAACAAAACAUUUUUUACAGAGAACUGCCAUUUGCUGGAUUUUUUUUGGACAUACUGUAUUCAAAGUCACUUAAAUCACUUUUUUUCUCCUAUUCUGAUGCUCAGUUUAAAUUUUAGCAGGUUGUCAUGCAACAUAUACAUAUACAUUGAAUUGCUGCAUGCGACUGGAUUGAAUUAGAUAUGUCUGUUAAAGAUAGAUAGAUAGAUAGAUAGAUAGAUAGAUGGAUAGAUAGAUAGAUAGAUAGAUAGAUAGAUAGAUAGAUAGAUAGAUAGAUAGAUAGAUAGAUAGAUUUGGGAUUACCUAGAUUACCAUGGUACUGUUAGGUGUCUGACAGCAUCUGUUACAGUAAUGGAAAAUCCUCCAUGACAAAUCUGGGCCACUCCUGUCUCCAGGACAGUAUUGCCAAGGGAUAGCCAACGUUGGUCACCUGAGAUUUCCUCCAACCCCAACCUGUGCAACCUGAGCCUAGGCCCAGGGAUUGUGUCUUGGACAGCAUCUCCCAGUAAGCCCACUCAGUGAGGCUGUAACUACAAUGGAACAAUGCCACAGAAAAAGCUUGUCAAGUUAAGAGGAGCUGUAAAAGAGAGAAAAGAUCUGACACAGAUUUCUUUUUUCAUGUAUGCGGGGUCACUUUAGACAUAUUCAGAAAAAACAAAUUGUAACAGUGCACCAUUGUAGCAAUUCACAGGAAGCAUCUAUCAUAUUCUUUUGAUUUUUUACAGAGAUUCCAUAGCUGCAGCUAUCCUUUUUAAAUCGGACUGAUAGUGUGGUGACACCACAAUGGAUACUUUACAGUAUUUCUCACUGUGGCUCCUAAGGGGUCAGAAGGGGUGUUUGCCUGUUGCUACUGCAUUGUUCUAGUGACCCUGAUGGGGCCAUGCUGUAAGGGGAUAAGGGAUUGGUUUGCUCUCCCUCUGAGUGGACACCGGGCUAUCCAUAGCCCGAGUUCUGUACAAACUGCUGAGAGAAUGCAAUUUGAUCUACAUUUGCUGAACAUUAUAAUCACAUAGGUGGGUAAAAACUUUUGGGUAGUUUGGUUUUGCAUUCUGGAUGUUGACUACCUUAAUGACUAUUCAAAAUAGGUCUUGAAAUAGAUCUGAGUAUGAAGAAAUUAAUCAUUUUCAAUCUGAGAAGGCAAACAGCAGAAGGCUUCUUCAUCUUAUUCAGUAUGUCAAAUCGAGACAUUAUAUUUAUUUCUGUUCUAUUGUCACUAUAUUUACCUGCAUUAAGAUCAUAGACCAGAAAUAAGCAUGCGGUAAGGUCUGGUAUUUUGCUGUCACAGUCUCUAAUGUCAUCCUCAAUAACACAAUUUAUUUUUCUCAACAGCAACUUUCUCAAUCUUAACCUCAGUCUUUGAAACCUUUUGAUGUAACAUAACCAAUUAGUUGCAUAUUUAACACAAUCAAGAAAACUGGCAUUUUUCACAUAACAGUGGCAUUUGUUGUUCAAGUACCGUAUUCUACAGCACAAUGCAGAUUGCAGUGUUUCUGUGUCUCCCAGGUAACGGCAAAUGCUCUCCUGGUAAGGAGAACUCGAGAAUGUUGGCGGAUAUAUCAGCACCUAAUGGAGAGACAGUUCCUCAGGGUCCUAAUUCCCCUGGUGAACUGACAAUUAAGCAAGAAGAAGAAAUCAUGGAUGAGUCUGACAACAGAAGUCCAGCAGUGGAAGAAAUAGGCCAAACAGGGGAAGAAGGAGUAGCACUAGAGGAAUCCAUGAGUGGCAGCCCAAGCAACGUACAGGAUGGGUUAUCUGGGCCAAAUGUGACAGCCGAAUCAGGAAAUCGACCAAACGGAGACAGGCCGUUCCAGUGCAACCAGUGUGGUGUGUCGUUCACCCAGAAGGGAAACCUGCUACGACACAUCAAACUCCAUACAGGUGAAAAACCCUUCAAAUGCCCCUUCUGCAGCUACGCCUGCCGGAGGCGCGAUGCCCUCACUGGUCAUUUGCGCACUCAUGCUGUCGGCAAACCGCACAAGUGUAACUACUGUGGGCGGAGUUACAAACAGCGGACAUCUUUAGAGGAACAUAAAGAGCGUUGCCAUGGUUACCUGCAGGGUAUCGGCUUGGAUCCUAAUGUCAACAGUGGGCCUUACACAGGUGACGUUCCAAAAGAGCCAAGGCCCAUGCCAGAGCCCACCAUGGCCACCUUUGAUCGGCCACCUGUUAUUGAAAGACUGCAUAGCAAUGUAGGCAAGAGGAAGAGCACCACACCUCAGAAAUUUGUGGGUGAAAAGAUGCCUCGCUAUAGCUAUCCUGAUAUGAGCUAUGACAUGGCUGUUAAGUAUGAGAAGCAGUCUGAAAUGAUGCCACCCCACAUGAUGGACCAGGCUAUCAACAAUGCCAUCACAUACCUGGGAUCAGACACCCUACGCCCCAUGCUCCAACAUCCAGGUCCUCCACUUUCUAUGGCUGAGGUGGUGCCUAUUGUGAACCCACUCUUCCCCCAUGUCCUGCCACUGAGCCAACGAACAGAACGUUCAGGAAACUGUGACACACUACCAACACAGCCGCCUCAGCCCCAUGAGUUCCCCAGUCAUCCCACCUCAAAUGGCCCCACUGGUUUAACAAGGCCAGGUAAGCAUCCCCAACAAGGGCAAGAGGAGUCACCCAGCAACAGUGGUGUUGAAUCUGCUGACUCAGCUCGCAGCAGCCCUCAGGAAAGGCAGGGAUACCAUGGCAGCAAUGCCCCCGUGGGCCUCAGGUCUCGUGGCAGUCCAGCAGUGGUCUUUUCAGGUGAGCGGAUGAGAGAUGCAUCACCUAGAAGUGGGGCAGGAUUCGGGGUUGGGAUAAUGCGACUGGCAACAGAGAGGCCUGUGAGCCAGGAAGGGAUACGGGUGUUUGGACGGGAGGGCCAGGAAUUAAGGGCCUUCCAGUGUGAGCACUGUCGAGUGCUCUUCCUGGACCAUGUCAUGUACACCAUCCACAUGGGUUGCCACGGAUACAGAGAUCCACUGGAGUGCAACAUCUGUGGUCACCGGAGCAAGGACCGCUAUGAGUUCUCCUCUCACAUAGUACGGGGUGAACACACCUUCCAGUAAGAGGAUGGGUAGAAAAUUGAGGGAUAGACAAAGAAGUGAAAGGAGCAAUACCCUGAUAUCCGUCCUUAUCUCCUCUGAGACUGCAUUGUUGAAUGGCAUUGUAGACAAGUGUAGCACAAUCACAGACUUUCUUUUUAAGCUACUUAUUGCGAAUCUGAACAGUUUAACAAUCACAUGAAGGUAUGGGCCAAAGACACAUUUUGUACUAUUUAAUUGCGAUUAAUGUAAAGGAAGGACUUUUUUUUUUCUCAAAAUCUUACUAGAUUCUAUAUUAGAGCAGCUGUCAAAGGGCAUUGACAAGUGUUUUUCUUUUUUUCAUUUUAGUCUAUUCUGAAGUAUAUUCUUUUGUGUUUUCCCUCUCAUCAUGCUUUUAACCGUUUUCAUUCUGAAGACAUAAUGCAUGCAUAUAGAUGGUAUAUUAGAACUUGUUUCUGCCCUGUGGGCUCAGUGUGGUUGAUAAAAAUCAGUUUCAGAUUACUAGACAAACGUCAAGGCUGCAGGUGGUGUAUAAUGUCACUGAAAAAAAUCACUAUGUUUGACAAAAUAGUAGCACUUAUUCAUUAUUGUACUUAUAAAAAUUUGAUCAUUGAUGCUAUCAGAUGUUAGUAAAUAUACUGAAUGCAUUCUGGUUCUAUUCUCAGUGGGUAUGCAAGUGCAUUGCUGCCUAGAUUUAGAAAAUGCUAUUAGCCCCCAUAAAUAUAUACACCACCUUAUCACAUUUUGUAAUUCAGAGUAAAUUGUCUUGCAUAUCAUUAUAAACAAUGAUAAACAAUGUGAUUUCCUGUGCAAAAGCUCAGGAGAGUCUUUUAGCUAUUGCUAUCUGCCUAUCUGAUAAUGAGCAGUUGAAAAUAUUGAAGGCAUUAUUAUUGUAUUAUGUUACUUUAACUCUCUGCAAAUGGUGCAUGUUUUAGCUUACCAUAUCAUACCACCCAUGUUUUUCCAUCUCUCAGGGGCUUGUAAAGCAUUUGUGAACCAUUAGCGCAGAUAAAGAAAACCACCAACUUCCUGUUGGUGGCUUGUCUAUUUUGUAAUUUUAAAAUCCUGCCAAAUAAAAAAGAGACUAUCUAAAGCAACAUAUGAAAAUGACUUUAGGGCAGUGUUUAAGCUGGUAAACAUAGUUGAAAUAUCUUGAUUGGGGAAAAAAAAGUGUUCUCCUCUGUUUAAGAGAAAAACAUGUUGAAAAGCACAAUGUCUAAUGUGUUCUUGAGGUUGCUUAACAGAGCACUGGAAACACAAUGAAUUAUCUCAAAUAUUUAUCUAAGACAAAUUUCAGUUUGUCUUACAUUUUGAAAUGAUCCUAUUUAUAGUUCAUGAAACUGAAAUUGUUGCUUAUAUUGAGACAUAUUUUUCUCUGUUAUAAUCAGUCACCAUUUAAAUGCAAAAGGACAUAAGAAAAAUCACUCUGAAAGUUAAACAUAAAAACUGUUGCCUAGUCAUUCUUGUUGUAUCUGUGACUUUUAAAAGUUCAGUUGAGGGCGUCUUUUUUCAAUUGUUUUCUUUCUCUAACCUUUCAGGGUAAGAUGUCCAAAUACCUUUUUAAUUUCCUUUGUACUUCUGCGGAAUACUACUGUGUCCUGUUGACUCAGACAUUGUGUUGCUUACAGUUUGAGUGCACUGCUAUAUUCUUAAACUUUGAGUAUAAAAAAAAACAACUGUCAGAAAUGUUGUCCACAUGGA